AUGUCUUUCAUUCUUGAAAUAUAUCACGCUGUCCAAGCUUGCGGCAGCGGCUACCUUGGCUUGCUAUCAGCUAUGGCGAUCUACGACCUUCAUCAGUGGGAACCACAGACUGAAAGCGCAUCACGCUAUUCAAACACAGCGGCACGACAGCUUCACAAAACCCGAACCACACAGGCUAGUGGUGUGCUAGCAACAGUGUCCUCGUUUGUGUCAUCGGUAAUUCUCGUGAUUGCCGUCUCCUCCGAUCGCAACACCAUGCCAUUCUUACUCAGUGCCGCCAACGCCGGCGGCCUUGCCCUGGCAUACAAUCACAUUGCGAAUUUCUGGCGUAGCAAAGCUACAGUUCCUCUGGCCUCGACUUACAACGACGGUAUCAGGGCCACCAAGCAGAUGCUGCAAGCCUUGGGGGUGUUGGCGAUUAGCUGGGCGGCAUCCACAACGAUAUACCUAUUCAGAGCAAUUCUGUAUUGA